UUUUAUCUACAUCUACAGAACAGAGUGCUCCCCACUUGGCCUGUGCCUCCUGUUCUGUAGAUGUCUGGUCAGUGGAAGUCACUGCCCUCCUCGCCCCAGCAGUGGGAGGUACAAGUUGCUCCCCAAAGAUCAAACUAGAUCUAGGGACAUGGUUGGAAUCCAGAGACAAUAAAGGUCUCUGGAGGGCUGAGAGAUUUGUGCCAGGCACGGGCUUUUAUCCAGCGGCUAUAGAAGGGUUUCCUGGCUUAUGAAAUUUGACAGACACCUUACAUAAAUGCGCAAGGAUGCCUUUCAUGUCUACAUAGUAUCUGCAAUCUCUGACAUGUAUGAUGUAAGUUCCUACACCCACCAUGAAGCAGACACCUCGGAAAAGGUAAGCUUGAUGGAGGUUAAUGAUUACUGCUUUCUUCCACCCUCGCCCAAUAGAAAACCUGUAAACAGUGCUUUCAGGGAAGUACUAGUUAGACUCUGACAUGAGGUGAGAAGCAGGGGUUGAGUGAAAUCCUGGUGGUAUCUGUUCGCUCUGGGAGAUGAUCCCAGCUGGAACACUGCGCUUCAGGAACACCCAUGGAAACCAUCCAGAUUCACAGGCUCAGACGUGGGAAAGGCCCUCAGAGUCAUCUCAUGCAACCUCCCAGCCAGGAAAACACUUCCCUCAGCAGGGAGGCAGACUCACCAUCCAGCCUCACACUCCACGUCAUGUGGAAGCCAUUGGUCACCAGGUAUCUAGUAGGAAGAGUGCACUCCAAUCUUCGUCUACGGAACUCGAUGGGUCCUAUUUGAGCGCAGUCAAACCACACAUGUAUUAUCAAACCAAGCAAAGGCCAAAGUCUGCAAACCAGCCUUCAGCUUCAGAAUUCCAGUUGGAGUUUAGGAAUAAUUCUGUAAAACCAGCAGCCUUACAUCAUCCCAAUGAAGGUGUGGACAGGAUGCCAUCAGAGACCAGAACCUUUAAUCAUUCAUCUCCGGGAAGAAAACCAGUUGAUGUCCCUACAGAGAAAGCUACACCAGAAGAGGUGAAGAUGAAAGACUGUCCAGACAUUAAACUCCCAUCGAGUAAAUGUGGCCGUAAACUUUCUGAAAACGCAGAUCAUGUUCCUGAGAGCAAACAGGGCCAUCCUACAAACAUGGCCCCUCAGUGUCCCAGGACACACUCAGCAUCAUGUGGCUACUGUGGGCUUUCCUGGCCAUCUUUGCUGCAUGGUCCAGAGGCACUGCAUCCCAGUGAAACUGAUGUCCGAAAGCGACUCUCAGAAGACAGAAGGCAGCAACUUAUGCUUCAGAAAAUGGAGCUGGAAAUUGAAAAGGAGCGCCUUCAGCAUCUGUUGGCCCAGCAGGAGACAAAGCUUCUCCUCAAACAGCAGCAGCUUCACCAGUCUCGACUGGAUUACAACUGGUUAAAAACACAAGCUAUGUUUAAACCUGGAGAAAUGGCUGUUGAUGAAGAGCUCACUAAACCUCGAAAACUCAGUCUGGAAAUGAAUGGAAGUGACUCUGGACCAAGUUUGUUGCAGUCAACACGGGAUGGCUGUCUGCUUGGGACAUCACCAUCCAUCAAAUUGUUCCAAGAGUCCACUAGCAGUGGAGAGACCCGGAGGGGAAAGAAAACGGUUGGGUUUCAGCCAGAGGCGGGCGAUGAAGCCCUGUGGCCUUGUCAAAAGAAGGACACAUGGAGACCCCCAAGAGGCACAAUGGCAGGAAUUAGAAAAGAUGCAUCCACAUCGCCUAUACCAACAGGAGGCCAAAAGGCACUUGGAACUGUGAGCACAUCGUCAUUCCAACCAGACACCUCCCGGUACGAGACAUCAUUGUUGGAUCUGGUCCAAUCCCUGAGCCCAAAGUCUGCUUCCAAACCCCAGCCACGUCCCUCCCGAGAAGCGGGUGCCUGGGAUCACAGUGUGCUCCAGCUCGGUCCUCUCCAACAGACCCGCAGCAGGAUGGGGGCAGGCAGGAGCCCUGAAGACCUGGAGGAGAAUCAGAUUCUGGAAGAUAUAUUUUUCAUUUGACAAUGAAGCACAUGCUGCAAACUUUCCACAGAAAAUAUGUGGGUUCUUUGUAUACUGAUUAUCAUUUUAAUUAUUUGAUUGCCAAGAAAUAUGUCUCUCCUUUCAUGGGGACUUAGCUCA